AUGCCGGGCGUAGUCAAAGGCCCAAGUACGCUGUACGACAAAGUGUUUGAGCAGCACAUUGUCGACGAGAAGCCCGAUGGCACCAUCAUCCUAUACAUCGACCGCCACUUGGUCCACGAGGUGACGAGUCCACAAGCCUUCGAGGGGCUCAGAAAUGCGGGACGUCAAGUACGAAGACCCGACUGCACUCUCGCCACCACCGACCACAACGUCCCAACAACGACACGAAAGAAUUUCAAGAACAUCAGCCAGUUCGUGGAAGAGGACGACAGCAGAUUACAAUGCGAAACACUCGAGGAUAACGUCAAGGCCUUUAAGCUUACAUACUUUGGUCUUGGCGACAAGAGGCAAGGAAUCGUCCAUGUCAUCGGUCCUGAGCAGGGCUUUACUCUUCCAGGCACGACAGUCGUGUGUGGUGACUCACACACUAGCACACAUGGAGCGUUCGGUGCUCUCGCUUUUGGCAUUGGCACAAGUGAGGUGGAGCACGUCCUGGCCACACAGACUCUUAUGACGAGGCGGAGCAAGAACAUGAAGGUGGAGGUCAAUGGCGAGCUCGCACCAGGCGUCAGCAGUAAGGAUGUCGUCCUUUACGUGAUCGGACAGAUCGGCACUGCGGGUGGUACUGGACACGUUAUCGAGUUCUGUGGAUCAGCUAUCCGGAGUCUGAGCAUGGAGGCAAGAAUGAGCAUGUGCAACAUGAGUAUUGAGGGUGGUGCAAGAGCUGGUAUGGUUGCACCUGACGAGAUCACAUUCGAAUACAUCAAGGGCAAGCCAUUGGCACCCAAGCCAGAUUCGCCAGAGUGGCAGAAGGCCGUCAAGCACUGGUCGGCGUUGAAGAGCGAUCCCGAUGCGAAGUGGGAUGCCGAGAUCAUCAUUGACGCAAAGGAUAUCGCACCAACUGUUUCUUGGGGUACCUCGCCACAAGAUGUCGUACCCAUCACAGCCGUUGUGCCAGGACCAGACGACUUCGAGGACGAGCACAAGAAGAACGCAUGCAAACGUGCCUUGCAGUACAUGGGACUGGAGGCUGGCACUCUCAUGACCGACAUCGCUCUCGACAAGGUCUUCAUUGGCUCCUGCACAAACUCGCGUAUCGAAGAUCUUCGCAUUGCAGCACACAUCGUCAAGGGUAAGAAGAUUGCACCAAAUCUCAAGCGAGCAAUGAUCGUUCCUGGAUCUGGUCUUGUAAAACAACGAGCCGAGCAGGAAGGUCUGGACCGAAUCUUCGAAGAUGCCGGCUUUGAGUGGAGAGAAGCUGGAUGCUCGAUGUGUUUGGGCAUGAACCCUGAUAUCCUGUCACCAGGUGAACGAUGCGCCAGUACUAGCAACCGUAACUUCGAGGGUAGGCAAGGUGCAGGUGGCAGGACGCAUUUGAUGUCGCCAGCUAUGGCCGCAGCUGCAGCCCUCGUCGGCAAGCUCGCGGAUGUGAGGCAUCUUGAAGGCUACGAGCAGGCGCUCCCAAGUGCCAAGUCUGCUGUCAAGACCGUGGACGCCCACGUUGAGGACCCAGAAUCGGACGUCGAUCUUGAGAAGAUCCUGGAUGCUCCUGAAUCUAACAACAACCCACAAUCGAAGGCACCAUCUGGUGCUUCCGCCGGCAUGCCCAAAUUUACACAGCUCAAGGGCAUUGCUGCACCACUGGACCGCAACAAUGUCGAUACCGAUGCCAUCAUUCCCAAGCAGUUCUUGAAGACGAUCAAGCGUGCCGGUCUGUCGAAGGGCCUAUUCCAUGCCUGGCGCUUCAACGAGGACGGCUCAAAGAAUCCAGACUUCGUCCUCAACCAAGAGCCGUACACGAACUCGAAGAUUCUUGUGGUUAGUGGACCCAACUUCGGAUGCGGUUCGUCUCGAGAGCACGCGCCAUGGGCUCUGCUUGACUUCGGCAUCAAGUGUAUCAUCGCUGGUUCCUUCGGUGACAUCUUCUACAACAACACCUUCAAGAACGGCAUGUUGCCACUCAAGAUUGAGGAUGACAAGGUCCUCAACACGGCAUUCGAAGAGGCAAAUGCUGGUCGUGAGCUUGAGGUCGAUCUCGAAGCCAACGAGCUCAAGGACGCAUCUGGCAACGUCAUUGGCAAGUUCGAGGUCGAUGAGUUCAGGAGACACUGCUUGAUCAACGGCCUAGAUGACAUUGGCCUGACAAUGCAAGAUGAUGAGAAGAUCACCAAGUUUGAGAAGAGACGAACAGAGGAGACACCGUGGUUGGACGGAUCUGGCUACCUGUCAAAGCACAGGACAGGUGCGGUCAAGGUCGAGGCAGCGCCUGUGCCGAAAACGAAUCGCGGCGAGGAGAAGUCGGAACCGCUUGAGUGGUAG